AAGAUGCCGCUGUCGCCGCCACCUCAAGGCGAUCCCAGGGAGCCCAGCCCGUCCAAGGCCCCCAAGAAACACGGCUCCUUCCAUCUCUGGCGCCCCAAAAAGAAGCAGCCGCCUCCGCUGUCUCAGUGCGGAGUGUUCGUUCCGCACCCGGCGCCCGUCGGCGAGGCCAGCGCUUUGGAUGUACUGGAUGGAAGCCAGCAAGAACCCCAGGAAUUUCCACUGCACUGUGGGGAGCACCAGGUGUGUCACUCUACAGGAGAGGUGUCUGCUCCUACGCCUGCAGACUCCACCCUGAUGAAGAAGUCCAGAGCACAGCCACCGGAAGAUAACAGAAAGAAGCCGGUUUUGGGGAAACUUGGCACUCUGUUCACGACUGGAAGGAGAAGGAACACCAGGUCUGGCCCCGAGGGUUCCACCAGCUCCAAUACCAAACCAGCCUCUCCCAGAGAUGUAACCUCUUCUAACGCCCCUGAAAGAGACAGUGAGAAAAGUAAAUGUGAGAACCACCAACCGAAGCCACCGGACCAGAGGGAGGACAGCUCCUCCCAGGAGAUCCAAGGCGAGGGCUGUGUCCUGGCCGCCGAAAUGUCACCUGGCUCGCCGAGUGCCGCGGCCGGGCAGCCGAGCCACGACAGUGAUUCACCCCAAUUAGAACCCCUGCAGGCAGAGGGAGAGCCGUUCCCAGAUGCCACCACCGCUGCCAAGCAGCCGCAUUCCUCAGCGCCGAACCGCUCCGGGCAAGAGAGCGCAGAGGCGCACGCACGCCGUCCCGGGCAGGACGCGCCGCCGGACGCUGGGCACCCGCAGCAGACAGCCCAGGCUUCGGAGGCUGCGUCGGGAUCUCCCACCCGGGAGCGGCCGGUGGAAGGACGAGGCGAGGUCCCCGAGGGAGCCCCCCACGCGGGUGCGUGUAGCGACCCCCAGCCCCCCGAGGACGCCUCUGGCCCGCGCAGUGGCCCUCCCACCCCGGGCGAGCGCGCGCAUCCCUCCAAAGUGUUGACUUUGGACAUCUACUUGAGCAAGACCGAGGUGGUGCCGGUGGACGAGCCGGUUGGAAUCGCUGCUCCCGGGGCAGAAGAAGAUCUCGGCGACUCGGACGACAUGGAUAAGAAAUCGAGCGGCCGCCGGUCGGGCCGGCGGAGGCGAUCGCAGAAAUCCACCGACUCGCCGGGCGCGGACGCCGCCGGGCCGGCCGAGAGCGGAGCGCGGGACGACGCGGUGUUCGACGACGAGGUGGCGCCAGACGCGGUCCCCGGGAGCCCGGCGGCCGCGGAAAAGAAAGUGAAAUCUCCGCGGGCGGCGCCCGACGGGGGCGUAGCCUCCGCCACCGCCCCCCGAGCGCAGCUCCGCGGGGAGCCCGAGCGCAGCCGCCCGUCGCCCGCGGCCACGUCCCCCACCAAGAGGAAGGGCCGGAGCCGCGUCCCCGACGCCGGGCCCAGCCCGCCCGCCAGCGGCCCGCGGACUCUCGCCAGGGAGUCCCCACCCAAGAGGCCAUCGGGGGCCGAUCCUGGCCUGGGAGCCAAGGGCGCCGGGGCGGCGGACGGCGGCGAAGAGGGGGCCCGGCUGGUCCCCCGCGAGCUCACGGUCAAGAGCAGCUCGCUGCUGCCCGAGAUCAAGCCCGAGCACAAGAGGGGCCCGCUCCCCAGCUACUUGGACGGCCGGGGCCGGGAGCUGGGCCGGGCCACCGGACCUUCCGACCCCGAAGGCUUGAAACCCAGGAACCAGUUCGGUGUGGGCAGAUCGACGGUGACCACUAAAGUGACCCUCCCUGCCAGACCCAAAAGUGUGGAACUAAGUCUGAAAACCCCCAAGAAUUCUGACAGUUCGGGAAAUGAACACAAUUCAUUCAGCCAGCCAGUUCAUAAGGGAAACACUGCCACCAAAAUCUCCUUAUUUGAAAACAAGCGGAUGAACAGUACUCCCAAACACCCCGACGUUCGCAGCACAAGGAGCAUCCCUCCUUCCAAUAAGACGUUUGUUGGGAGGGCAAAACUGAAUUUAGCCAAGAAAGCCAAGGAAAUGGAGCAACUUGAAAAGAAAACGGUGCCAAACAGCCAGCAGAAUGGGGUGCUGGCGAAGGACCCCCCAGCAGAAACCAGAGCUCCUGUUCUCCCAGUGGCUGGAGGAGUUGGCCAAGAGCUCCCUGAGGGCCAAGCCCUAACUCCGCAGCCUAACCAAGGUGACAAAGCAGAUGUGCAGACAAAUGCUGGCUGGGUUUCAGAACCAGAGGCCCCUACCAUCACGGACCCCAUGCCCUCAGGAGAGGAUGACUCAGAGGCUGCAGGCAGCAAACGACUUGAACUCAACACAGCUCAGGAUGGCUCUGCCAUUGUUGAUACCAAAGAUUCUCCUCCAAAGCCACAGGAUGUGUUCUGUGACUCACAGCCCCCAGCUGAGUCAUGCCAGGGGCCUUCUCUUCCCCUUGUGGACAUUCCCCAAAAUGGGUGUGCUCAAGUUCCUAUAAGCCACUUGUGCCCUGACCUCCAAGAGUCAGAAAGCCAUAAUGGAUGUACCUUGCCUUCAUCUCCUUACAUUGAGAAAGUGCCACUCUCUGCAGGUACAGGGGAAGAAGACAACCAUCCUUUGUCCCCAAAGCACAGCCUAGAAGCUGUGGGACCUGAGGCUCCAUCCAAGGUCCUUGUACAGGUCAGGUCCUUCGUGCUUCCUGCAGAGAGCACCCAAGACGUGAGCUCCCAGAUCAUCUCAGAAAGCUCUGAAGUUAGAGAAGCACAGUUGCCGAGUUGCCACAGUAAUGAACUUGAAGUGGUUUCCGUUGCAAGUUGUGAUCCUCAGCAAGAGGAAGUAGCGGGUAACAAGAGCACCUCGCCCACAGACACUCCUCACAUAGAGGAACGUGUGGCAGAGCCAGGCUCACACAUCAUGCCGCCAGAAUCUGCAAGAUCUCUGACCACUCCUGCUCCAAAUCACAGCAGCAGGAUUCCCCUGCCUGCUGAGGCCAGCCCCACCAACUCUCCCCAAACCAGAAAUCAGUCAGAAACGCCUCCAAGGCCAGAUGAAAAUGUGGUGAAUGGCCAGGAUAGUCCUGCAAGUCAUUUGAAUGUUUCUGCCACUAGUGAUGAUAGUGUCUUUGAUUCUUCUUCUGAUAUGGAAAAGUUCACUGAAAUCAUCAAAAAGAUGGACAGUGUAGUUUGCGUGCCCCAGAAAAAGAAGAAAGCCAGGAUGCCCAACUCUCCUGCCCCUCACUUCGCCAUGCCUCCUAUUCACGAGGAUAAUCUAGAAAAGGUGUUGGAUCCCAAUGUGUUCACCUUUGGUUUGGGGAAAAAGAAGGAGAACCUGCCAGAACCACCACCAGCUUUGCAUUUGAUGGACAACCUGGAUCCCAAAUCUAAACUGAGACCCAAACGUGCCUCCGCAGACCAGAGUAUCCUCUUCAAGUCCUUGCACCCCAAUGCUAGCGGGAAAAACGAGCCUCAGGCAACCCCUGAAGUCAGUGACAAGGGGAGCAGGGAUGUCAGCAGCGGGGGAGUGAAGAGAUCAAGGCUAGAGAAAAGCACCCUCUUCUCAAGCAUGUUGUCUUCCUUGCCACAAGAUAAGGUCUUUUCUCCCUCGGUGACGUCAGUCAAUACGAUGACCACAUCUUUUAGCACGUCGCAAAACCCUUCUCUCUCAUGUUCUUCAGGGGCGCAGCCCAGAACGGAAGGUGCCCCGCCCUGUGCCUCAGACAAAGAGCAGCCCCAUCUGUCACCCCACAACUCCAUACAGGUCUUCAACUUCACCUCGUCCAGUCCAUCUUGUUCAGGCUUGAAAAGUUCAAGCCACAUGGAAAAAUACCCACCCAAAGAGGAACACAAAGAAGAGCUGAAUUCCCGGAGCAACCUGCACUUGCCAGAAAUGAAGUUUUCUGAAGUUUCCACGCUGAGGAACCAUGAGGGUAUUGAAAAGGCUAACCACGUGGAGAGUGUUCUUAAGCCCCACUUGCCAAACCACGGAAACAGUGACACUGACUUCAUGGGUCUUUUCAAGCCGAGCCGCUAUGACCCAGGCAUUUCUUUCUCUGGAAUGUCAUUACCAGAUCCAGCGACACUUAGAGGAAGCUUACAAAGUAAACUUAAUCCCCGACCAGGGAAGGUAGUAAUAUUCAGAGAGCCCGAAGUCUCGGAGGAGUGCAUCGAGGUGUUUGGAGACAUAAAGGACUGCACCUCCUGGAGCCUCUCUCCAGUGAUCCUCGUCAAAGUGGUUAGAGGAUGCUGGAUUUUGUAUGAGAAACCAAAUUUUGAAGGACACUCUGUCCCCCUAGAAGAAGGCGAAGUAGAACUCUCUGGUCUUUGGGGUGUGGAAGAUAUUUUGGAAAGAAACCAGGAAGCUGAGUCUGAUAAGCCUGUGGUAAUUGGUUCAAUCAGACAUGUAGUCCAGGAUUACAGAAUUAGUCAAAUUGACUUAUUUACUGAGCCAGAAGGGUUAGGACUCCUUAACUCCUACUUCGAUGACACUGAAGAAAUGCAGGGCUUUGGUGUGAUGCAGAAAACUUGUUCCAUUAAAGUGCACUGGGGCACAUGGCUGAUUUACGAAGAACCUGGGUUUCAAGGUGUUCCUUUCAUCCUCGAGCCUGGCGAAUACCCUGACUUAUCCUUCUGGGAUACGGAAGAAGCGUACAUUGGAUCCAUGCGGCCUCUGAAAAUGGGUGGCCGUAAAGUUGAAUUCCCUACAGAUCCAAAGGUAGUCAUUUAUGAAAAGCCUUUGUUUGAAGGAAAAUGUAUGGAGCUAGAAACAGAAAUGUGUAGUUUUAUCACAGAAGAAGGCGAACCAGAAAAAACAACAGGAAAUGGUCAUUUACCUUUUACAUCAGUGGGAUCUAUGAAAGUUUUAAGAGGCAUUUGGGUAGCUUAUGAGAAGCCUGGCUUUACUGGUCACCAGUAUUUACUAGAAGAAGGAGAAUACAAGGACUGGAAAGACUGGGGCGGUUACAAUGGAGAACUUCAGUCUUUGCGACCUAUAUUAGGUGAUUUUUCAAAUGCACAUAUGAUCAUGUACAGUGAAAAAAACUUCGGCUCCAAAGGUUCCAGUAUUGACGUGUUAGGAAUUGUGGCUAAUUUAAAGGACACUGGAUAUGGCGUGAAGACCCAGUCUAUUCAUGUGCUGAGUGGAGUAUGGGUAGCAUAUGAAAAUCCUGACUUCACAGGAGAGCAGUAUGUUCUGGAUAAAGGUCUUUACACCAGUUUUGAGGACUGGGGAGGAAAAAAUUGUAAGAUCUCUUCUGUCCAGCCCAUAUGUUUGGAUUCUUUUGCUGGCCCACGGAGACGAAAUCAGGUUCACUUGUUUUCAGAACCACAGUUUCAAGGUCAAAGUCAAAGUUUUGAAGAGACUACAGGUCAAAUUGAUGAUUCAUUUUCAACUAAAUCUUGCAGAAUUUUGGGAGGCAGCUGGGUUGCAUACGAUGGAGAAAAUUUCUCUGGAAAUCAGUAUGUGCUGGAGGAAGGACACUAUCCUUGCCUCUCUGCAAUGGGCCUCCUGCCUGGAGCAACCUUCAAGUCUCUUCGUUUUAUAGAUGUUGAAUUUUCUGAACCAGCAAUUAUUCUUUUCGAAAGAGAAAACUUCAAAGGAAAAAAGAUUGAACUUAAUGCUGAAACAGUUAAUCUCCAGUCACUGGGAUUCAACACACAAAUACGAUCUGUUCAGGUUAUUGGGGGCAUAUGGAUUACUUACGAGUUUGGCAACUACAGAGGGCGCCAGUUCCUGUUGUCUCCUGCGGAAGUACCCAACUGGUAUGAAUUCAGUGGCUGCCGCCAAAUUGGUUCUCUAAGACCAUUUGCUCAGAAACGAAUUUACUUCAGACUUCGAAACAAAGCAACAGGGUUAUUUAUGUCAACCAACGGAAACUUAGAUGACUUGAAGCUUCUUAGAAUACAGGUGAUGGAAGAUGUUGGUGCUGAUGACCAGAUAUGGAUUUAUCAAGAAGGAUGCAUCAAAUGCAGGAUAGCAGAAGACUGCUGCCUGACCAUUGUGGGCAGCCUGGUAACAUCUGGUUCCAAGCUUGGCCUGGCUCUGGACCAGAACGUCGACUGUCAGUUCUGGUGCAUGAAGUCAGAUGGAAGGAUCUACAGCAAGCUAAAACCAAAUCUGGUUCUAGACAUCAAAGGGGGUGCACAGUAUGACCAAAACCACAUUAUCCUCAACACGGUCAACCAAGAGAAGUUAACGCAAGUGUGGGAGGCCAUGGUAUUGUAAAGCUGACGAAAGAAAGUAGGAGCAACCUUUACGGGAGAGUCUUCGCGGCCACCUUUUAAAAGAAGCUCCGAAGGACAGUGUGCAUGGAGGAGCCCAGUGGGAAGUGGACAGACUCCUUCAGUCUUGGGUUAAGACAGCCACAACUGGGAUAAUUGUCUUUUCAAAGACUGGUAGUUUUGAACCAAUAACUUGUCCUCCUUUCAUUUCUUGCCUUGCAGUUCCUCUAAGUAGCUACUUAAACAUCAGCAACAUUUAGGUUUUUUGUUUUGAAAGGUGUUAUGUCACAACUGUACAUUUUAAAUUAUUUCCAAAGACAGUGACAGGAGGGGAAAAAAAGACCAAAUUCACUGACUUUGUGGACUGGCACAUCCCUUCAAAAGGAAGGACAGAAGUCAGGUUUGUAAGGGAGAAGACAGUUUAUAUCUGAGAAGAAUGCUAUAUUAGGCCUGUACUUUUGGUCCACGGCCUCAACGUUUACUAGAACCAUAAAUUAUGUUGAAUAGUGAAAAGUCUUAUAUAUCCAGAGAUGGUAUAAGGAGUUCAGUAAGUAUAACAAAACACUUUUCAAUUAAUAUUAAAAUUAGGAAUUUAUGAAAUUUCAUGUCCAUGUCUGCUAAUUUUUUUAGCAGGACUUGGAUUAUUCUAACGCAUGUAUGGACUGGUCUAAAUGUCACAAGUGCCUUUUUACAGCUGCUACUGGAACAGUAUUACCAUGGCCUAAUUUAUUAGCCCUCCUUGCUCACCUACAGCAAGUACUGAACACAUGUUCUACAGUGUUUUUCCUCAGUAUCACAUCCUUCUGGUAGCACAGAGGGUUAUAACACCCCAGGGGAAAACUAGCACAGAUCCAGAAAGUACAGGAGAGCCCUGAGGGGGCUGCUUGGUGGUCAAAUGUAGAGCUCUUGAGGAACCUAAAACUCUUAAGCAACUCAAGAAUGAAAAUGGAAACUUUUAACUGCUGGCAACACAUGGGCCCAUCUCUUGCUGCUCACAGGGAAUUCUAGUUUCAAACAAAACUUCUAAACAUUUCCUUGAAUAUGUUUUUCCUUAUUUUGUCCUCACCACUGAACAUGGGUGCUCCUGCCUCAGGAUUUUCAUCUCAUCUGUUAAGAGUGCAUUCCUUCUCUGGAGCCCAUGGCAGGCCCUUGUCAUCACAAUGAUCCAGCUUGAGUUUAAAUAUAGCAUUUGCACACAUACAACAGCAUUCAAUAUGCUGUCUAGGUCUUACCUGUGUAGCUCUGAUCUUAGGCCUUUUGUGUAUAUAUCAUUACAAUGUAGUGGGGUAGGGGAUUCUACAGUGGUCUCUGCUGAAUCUCUCUUGAAUAAACUUCUUCUGGUUGAUAAA